UAAAACAAAUUUUUCAAAUGAAAAAAAUAAUUAACAGUCUAGAAUUGAUCGCCAUACUAAAUUUUCUAUUAUAAUAUCAUACUGAUUGAGAAAAAUCACAAUCUACCUAUAUUUUUAAGUUGGGAAUUACUUUGUGCGUGUUCAUUCUCAUCUUAUUUUUCACCAAUAAUCGAAUGGUCAUGUUACUCAAAUUUUGGCUUAUUGAGUUUUGUACUUUGAUCCUAAGUGAAUUCAGCGAUGAUCGAUGCCCUGUUGAGUUGACUUGGUAAUAGCUUGCAAUCGACUUAGCAACUCGCAAGCUCGGUAGUCAAGUUCUCAAAUAUUUUUCUUCUUGGUGUCGCCACCAUGGUUGGUACUUCAACAAUAGAUUUGGAUGUGAUAGAAGACAGCGGUAAUAAUUUUCAAGAAGAGAGUACUGAUGAUGAUCAUCAUCGCCAGAAGCAGCAGCGGCAGCAUGAUGAGGAGGAUGCACCAUCCGAAGCUGUAAGGAGAAAGCUCAGGCGACACGACUCUCUUGACAUCGAAUCCGCCAAGCUCCCCACCUCCAGGGUUACCUCCAAGCAGGGAGGAUCAUGGUGGGUGAUAAUGCAAUUGGCAUUCCAGAGCUUAGGGGUGGUGUACGGGGACAUUGGCACGUCGCCGCUCUACGUGCUCGCCAGCACCUUUCCCGACGGCAUCAACCACAGGGACGACCUCAUUGGGAUUCUCUCUAUCAUCCUCUAUACCAUUACCCUUCUCACCCUCCUCAAAUACGUCUUCAUUGUCUUGCAAGCGAAUGACAACGGUGACGGAGGGACGUUUGCUCUGUACUCGCUAAUAUGCCGAUAUGCGAAGGUGGGGUUGAUCCCGAGUGUGCAGGCGGAGGAUAGAGAAGUCUCAAAUUACGAGCUGGAGCUGCCAAAUAACAAGCUGCGCAGAGCAACCACCCUGAAGUCAAUGUUGGAGAACAGCCCUUUCGCCAAAUACUUUCUGCUCUUUGUCACUUUGCUCGGUACUUCCAUGGUCAUUGGAGAUGGCAUCCUCACCCCCUGCAUUUCUGUUUUGUCAGCUGUGAACGGGAUCAAGUAUGCUGCAUCUUCCAUUACAGAAGGGAAGAUUGUUUGGAUAUCAGUUGCAAUCUUGGUCUUUCUAUUUUCAAUUCAAAGAUUUGGAACCGACAAAGUGGGCUACAGUUUUGCUCCAAUAAUAUUGGUGUGGUUCAUGAUGAUUGGUUGUAUUGGCCUCUACAAUUUCAUCAAAUUUGAUCCUAUUGUCAUCAAAGCUUUAAAUCCACAAUAUAUUAUAGAGUAUUUCAAAAGGAACAAGAAGCAAGCAUGGAUUUCCCUUGGCGGAACUAUCCUUUCCAUAACAGGAACCGAAGCUAUGUUUGCUGACCUCGGUCACUUCAGUGUUCGAUCCAUACAAGUAAGCAUGUGCAUUGUGACAUACCCAGCUAUUGUACUUGCAUAUAUAGGACAAGCAUCUUACCUUCACCAACACCUUGAUGAUGUUUCAGAUGCCUUCUACAAGUCUAUUCCUGGGCCACUAUAUUGGCCAAUGUUCGUUGUGGCUGUUUUAGCAUCGAUAAUAGCAAGCCAAGCCAUGAUCUCAGGGGCAUUUUCUAUAAUCCAACAAUCCCUUUCUCUAGGUUGCUUCCCUCGUGUGAAGAUUGUGCAUACCUCAACAAAGUAUGAAGGACAAGUUUAUAUACCUGAAGUCAACUAUCUUCUUAUGUUGGCUUGUGUUGGAGUCACUGUCGGAUUCAAGACUACUGUAAAAAUUGGGAAUGCAUAUGGAAUUGCAGUGGUGUUCGUCAUGGCACUCACAUCAUGGUUUUUGGUGCUUAUCAUGACCAUGAUAUGGAAGACCAAUAUAAUUCUCAUAAUGGCUUAUGUUCUUGUCAUUUGCAGUAUUGAGCUUGUGUACUUGAGCUCAGUUCUCUAUAAAUUUGAUCAAGGGGGGUAUUUACCCUUGGCCUUUGCCUUGUUUCUAGUGGCUAUAAUGUAUAUUUGGAACGAUGUGUACCGGAAGAAAUACUAUUAUGAGCUCAAUCACAAGAUAUCUCGAGAAAAGUUGAAGGAGCUGGUUGCCAACACAAGCUUGUGUAGGAUGCCAGGACUUGCCAUCUUUUACUCUGAGCUUGUUCAUGGAAUCCCUCCCAUCUUCAAGCACUAUAUGGAAAAUGUACCUGCGCUACACUCUGUCCUUGUUUUUGUCUCUAUCAAAUCACUGCCCGUAAGCAAGGUGCCAAUGGAAGAGAGGUUUUUUUUUCGCCAAUUGGAUCCAAGCAAUCUUAACAUGUUUCGCUGUGUUGUUAGAUAUGGGUAUACCGAUGUGCAAAAUGAGAAACAACCUUUUGAAAUCUUGCUAGUUGAGAGACUAAAGGAGUUUGUGAGGGAUAAAGCAUUGAUGCUUCCAAGGGCUGGCGAUGAUGGAGACAACAUUGGAAAGAACGAAGAAUUGGAUGAUAGGUUGUUUAAUGAUGAUAAUGUGAAAGAGCUUGUCACACAAUCUAAAGAUGAAAAACGACAACAAAUGUCAAGUAAAGAGAUUUUUGAGGUGGAGAAUGCCUCGAAAGCUGGCAUCAUUCACCUAAUUGGUGAGAGCGAGGUGAUUGCAAGCAAAGGAGCUAGGAUGGGAAAGAGGAUUGUGAUAAAUUAUGCUUACAAUUUUUUGAAAAGGAACAUAAGGCAAACUGAGAAAGUGUUUGACAUUCCUCACAAGAGAAUGUUAAAGGUGGGAGUGACUUAUGAGCUUUAGAACAUCAAAUGAAUAUUAUUUUUCUAUUGAGAAUAUGCCUAAAUAAUUGCAGAUUGCAAAGGAUGGAUUUGGGGCAAAGUUACUGAGUUGCUGUUUUGCAAACUAGUUCCUGUAGCAUGCAAACUAAAUUUCAAUGCCUAUAUAAUAUGUUGUUCCAAGAAUUUCUGGUUAGGUGUAGGUUCUUUUAAGACUAUGAUUUCUAUUUCGAGUGUUUAUAUGAUUUGUA